UAGCGCCUCGGUAUGGACUUUUCAGUAAUAAGAAUCGGAAAGGAAGAAAUGGCGUGCUGUUGGCAUAUAUCCUCAUGGAUGCAUCCAUCUCAGAGUCAUACAGGCUGAAAGCAAUGUCUCAAAAGAAUACACUGUUCAACUAUUUCCAACGUUCAAAGGCAUCGCCUACUGCAGCUGGCAGUAAACAGACUGAGCACAAGGAGUGCACUAAAAGCAGCACUCCAAUAUCACAAAAAGAGCACACUCAGAAAAACACUACUCCUAAAGUGCACAAGCAGUGCAACCAGAGUGUUACCCCAAAGCGACCGAGGCCCACUGGAACUGAGAGUGGCAGCCAUGAAGCAGGCAGGAAGGGGAGUGCCAAACAGUUCAAGAGGCUUCGACUUCAGAGUGAUGAUGAUGACAGUGAGAAUGAUCAGAGCUUGGCCAAUGGAAAGAAAGUGGAGGACAAGCAGCUUCCCGAAACCAUACAUUCAGAAUCAGAUGAACUAGAUGAAGAUUCUGAAGAUGAGUACCAACCUAAGAAACACGAGCUGAGCUCCGAUGACGAGUACGCUGAUGACGCCGUCGACUCAGCCGAGGACUCGCCGGUUAAGAAGACCCCUAAACGCGCCAAACUCGUCGCGAGAACUCCAACGUGCGGUUCAUCUGCCGACAAGAAGUCUCCCCGAGUCCCCUCGACGCCCAGCACCCCGGCACCGACGACCCCGCGACCCCUGGGCAGUGCGACCAAGCUGAAGCUUGCCUCGUUCUCGGCGGAGUGCGAGGCGUCGCCGGCGCCGGCGGACGACCUGGCGGACAACUGGCCGCACCUGAAGCUGGACUUCCUGCUGCCGGAGCGGCGGAGGGACGCGGCCGGCCGCCGCCCCAGCGACCCCGACUUCAACCCGCGCUCGCUGCGCGUGCCGGCAGAUUUCCUGGAUAAGCAGACGCCGGCUUUACGGCAGUGGUGGGUCAUCAAGUGUGAGCACUUCGAUUGCGUCAUCUUCUUCAAAAUGGGGAAGUUCUACGAGAUGUUUCAUAUGGAUGCCGUUCUCUGCGUCAAGGAGUUGGGGCUUCUUUAUAUGAAGGGGGACCACGCGCACGUGGGCUUCCCCGAGGCGUCCUACGGCCGGUACGCGGCCGCCCUGGUGGAGAAGGGCCACAAAGUGUGCCGCGUGGAGCAGACGGAGACGCCGGACAUGAUGCAGAGCCGCGUCGCCAGCAGCACCAAGAGGACGACCAAGUUUGACAAGGUGGUGGCGCGUGAGGUGUGUCAGAUCACGUCCCGAGGGACGCGCACCUUCAGCGCCAUGGAGGGCGACGCCACCGACGGCGAGCUGCGCUACCUCCUGGCUGUCAGGGAACAGGAGGUAGACGGCGAGCUGCAGUUCGGCGUGUGCUUCGUGGACACGUCGGUCGGUCACUUCCGUCUGGGGCAGUUCAGUGACGACUGUCACUGCUCACGCCUGCGCACGCUGCUGGCGCACUACCCGCCAGUGCAGCUGCUGCAGGCGCGCACCGCCGCGCCGCAGCGGUCACGUGACGUUCUGACGUCACUGCUGCCCAACUGCCUGAAAGAGACGCUCCGAGUCGGCGAGGAGUUCUGGGCGGCCGACAAGACGCUGCGCUUCCUGGCGGAAACGGACUACUUCCGGGAGGGCGAGGACGGCAGCGGCGAGCUCCAGUGGCCGCAGACGCUGCUGGACGCCACCAGAGACGGAGACACCCUGCACCUGAACCCCCGGAAGGACUGUGAGCUGGCGCUGCAGUGUCUGGGCGCCGUCACCUGGUACCUGCAGCUCAGCAUGCUGGACACGCAGCUGCUCUCCAUGCGCAGGUUCUCCCGGUACCAGCCGCCGGACGUGCCGGGCGCGGCGGCUGAGGACGGCUCGCCGGAGACGCCGCCGGACCGGCCUGAGUCGGACGGCCCCGCGCACCAUCCGGCGGGCAGGAUGGUGCUCGACGGCGUCACACUCCGGAAUCUGGAGAUCGUCUCCAAUUCGGUAGAUGGCGGCACUGAGGGUACGCUGCUGGGCACACUGGAUACCUGCGUUACGGCCUUCGGAAAACGCGUGCUGCGGGCCUGGCUCUGCAGCCCACUGCGCUCGCCGGCCGCCAUCGCCGCCCGUCUAGACGCCGUCGAGGACCUCAUGAGCCGCGCUGACGUCAUGGAUGACGUCACGGCGCGGCUGAAGCAGCUGCCCGACCUGGAGCGGCUGGUCCGGCGGAUCCACGUGCAGGGCAACAGCCGGCUGCGGGCCGGCGGCAGCCACCCAGACUCACGCGCCAUCAUGUUCGAGCAAACCAAGUACAGCCGCAGCCGCGUCAUGGACCUGCUGUCGGCGCUGGCCGGCUUCAAGCAGGCCGCCCAGCUGCUGCAGUCGCUGGCAGGCACCGCGAGCGACUUCGGCAGCUACCUGCUCCGCUGCUGCCUGACGCUGGAGAAGGAUGGCGGCAAGUUUCCCGAGUAUGACGAAGUGCUCGAGUACUUUGAGACCUCGUUUGACCAGGCCGAGGCGCGCAAGGAGGGCCGCAUCCUGCCCUCGGACGGCGUGGACGAGCAGUUCGACGCGGCCCGCGACGCGCUCGAGCAAGUGGAGCGCGAGCUGGACGAGUACCUGCACGAGCAGUGCCGCCACUUCGGCUGCAAGGUGGUGUACUUCGGUCAGGCCAAGAACCGGUACCAGCUGGAGGUGCCGGACCGAGCGGUCCACAAGGCGGGCGGCUCGUACGAGCUGCAGACGCAGAAGAAGGGCGCCAAACGCUACUGGACCGACACCACCAAGGAGCUGCUGGCCCGGCAGCUGGCGGCUGAGGAGCAGCGGACGGCGGCGCUGCGGGACAUCAGCCGGCGCAUGUUCGCCAGGUUCAGCCGCCACCAGGCUGUCUGGGAGCGCGCCGUCCAGUGUCUGGGCCUGCUGGACGGCCUGCUGGCGCUGGCCAGGUUCAGUCGGGGCGCUGAAGUCAGCUGUCGACCGGAGCUGGUCACCGGCGCCGACCAGGCGGUGCUGGAGAUCACGGACGGCCACCACCCGUGGCUGGGCCGCGGCGGCGGCGGCGCCGACUUCAUCCCCAACUCGGUCGGCACGGAGCGCGGCCGGCUGCUGCUCAUCACGGGCCCCAACAUGGGCGGCAAGUCGACGCUGAUGCGCCAGGCCGGCCUGCUCGUUAUCCUGGCGCAGCUGGGCUGCUACGUGCCGGCGGCGUCACUGCGCCUGUCGCCGGUGGACCGCGUGUUUACGCGGCUCGGCGCCCAGGACCGCAUCAUGAGCGGGGAGUCCACCUUCCACGUGGAGCUGAGCGAGACGGCCGCCAUCCUGCAGCACGCCACCGCCGCCUCGCUCGUGCUGGUGGACGAGCUCGGCCGCGGCACCUCCACAUUCGACGGCUCGGCCAUCGCCUCCGCCGUGCUUCGCCAGCUGCUGCGCGUCGGCUGUCGCUGCCUCUUCUCCACCCACUACCACAGCCUGGUGGAGGAGUUCCAGGACCACGACCAGGUGUGGCUGGGCCACAUGGCCUGCAUGGUGGAGAACGAGAACCAGGACGACCCCACCCAGGAGACCAUCACGUUCCUGUACAAGCUGACGGACGGCGCGUGCCCCAAGUCGUACGGCUUCAACGCCGCGCGCCUGGCUGGCCUGCCCGCCGACCUGAUCCGGCACGCGCACCAGCGGGCGCGCCGCUUCGAGCAGCGCGUAGAGCGCAUGAUCCGCUUCACUACCGUGUGGCGCGCCGCCGCCGCCGCCGCCGCACAGUAGACGGCCGUUCAUUUCGAGGGUCAGAUUGAGUUGUUUCACCACCGCCGGACUCGUUGCGUGUCGGAGUCGCUGCCGUUUGUAGGGCCCCGGAAGAAUGUCGUCGACAGAAAUUCGCC